AUGAAGGUCGAAGAGUUAGAGUACCGUCCCAGCAGGGCAGAACUUCCACCAAUGUUGCAUGCUGCUGUGACCAGGAUCCAGGUUCCAAGGCCUGGUUUUAAUUACACGUUCGCCCACAUAUGUGUCCUGAAUAACGAUAAGACUUGCAUCGUGGAUGACAUAGUGCAUGUCCUGGAGGAGCUAAAGAAUGCCCGGGCCACCAACCGGACCAAUUUUGCUAUCACGUAUCCAAUCACUCACUUAAAGGAUGGGAGGGCAGUGUACAAUGGGCACCAGCUUGGGGGUGUCACCGUGCACAGUAAAGACCGGGUGAAAUCCGCAGAGGCUGUCCAGCUCACCUACUACCUGCAGUCCAUCAACUCUCUCAACGACAUGGUGGCCGAGAGGUGGGAGUCCAGCUUCUGCGACACUGUCCGACUGUUCCAGAAAUCCAACAGCAAAGUCAAAAUGUACCCUUACACGUCCACCUCACUGAGGGAAGAUUUCCAGAAGACCAGCCGCGUGUCGGAACGGUACCUGGUCACCAGCCUGAUCCUGGUGGUCACCAUGGCCAUCCUCUGCUGCUCGAUGCAGGACUGUGUCCGCAGCAAGCCCUGGCUCGGCCUGCUUGGAUUGGUGACCAUAAGCCUGGCCACUCUCACCGCAGCCGGGAUCAUCAAUCUCACAGGUGGGAAAUACAAUUCCACCUUCCUGGGAGUUCCUUUCGUCAUGCUAGGUCAUGGAUUAUCUGGAACCUUCGAAAUGCUAUCCUCCUGGAGGAAAACGAGAGAAGACCAACACGUGAAAGAGAGAACUGCCGCCGUCUACGCUGACUCCAUGCUCUCCUUUUCUCUCACCACUGCCAUGUACCUGGUCACCUUUGGCAUAGGGGCCAGCCCGUUCACGAACAUCGAGGCCGCCAGGAUUUUCUGCUGCGAUUCCUGCAUUGCAAUCUUCUUCAACUACCUCUAUGUACUCUCGUUUUAUGGUUCCAGCCUGGUGUUCACUGGCUACAUAGAAAACAAUUACCAGCAUAGCAUCUUCUGUAGAAAAGUCCCAAAGCCCGAGGUGUUACAGGAGAAGCCGGCCUGGUACAGGUUUCUCUUGACAGCCAGAUUCAGCGAGGAAACAACUGACGCUGAAGAAGCGAACACGUACGAGAGUCACCUAUUGGUAUGUUUCCUCAAACGCUAUUACUGUGACUGGAUAACCAACACCUAUGUCAAACCUUUUGUAGUUCUCUUUUACCUUAUUUAUAUUUCCUUUGCCUUAAUGGGCUAUCUGCAGGUCAGUGAAGGGUCAGACCUUAGUAACAUCGUAGCAACUGCAACGCAAACCAUUGAGUACACUACUGCCCAGCAAAAGUACUUUAGCAACUACAGUCCGGUGAUUGGGUUCUACAUCUAUGAGUCCAUCGAGUACUGGAACGCGAGUGUCCAAGAAGACGUCCUAGAGUACACCAAGGGCUUCGUGCGGAUAUCCUGGUUUGAGAGCUACUUAAAUUACCUUCGGAAGCUCAACGUGUCCACUGGCUUGCCUAAGAAAAACUUCACAGAUAUGUUGAGGAAUUCCUUCCUGAAAGCCCCUCAAUUUUCACAGUUUCAAGAGGACAUCAUCUUCUCUAAAAAGUACAACGAUGAGGUCGAUGUGGUAGCUUCCAGAAUGUUCUUGGUGGCCAAGACGAUGGACAGCAACAGAGAAGAACUCUAUGAUCUCCUGGAGACCCUGAGGAGACUUUCUGUCACCUCCAAGGUGAAGUUCAUAGUCUUCAACCCGUCCUUCGUGUACAUGGACCGAUAUGCCUCCUCUCUGGGAGCCCCCCUGCACAACGCCUGCAUCAGUGCUUUAUUCCUGCUCUUCUUCUCGGCAUUCCUGGUGGCAGAUUCUCUGAUUAACGUCUGGAUCACGCUCACGGUUGUGUCCGUGGAGUUUGGCGUCAUAGGGUUCAUGACAUUAUGGAAGGUCGAACUGGACUGCAUUUCUGUGCUCUGCUUAAUUUAUGGAAUUAACUAUACAAUUGACAAUUGUGCUCCACUGUUAUCCACCUUUGUUCUGGGCAAGGAUUUCACAAGAACUAAAUGGGUAAAAAAUGCCCUGGAAGUGCAUGGGGUAGCGAUUUUACAGAGUUACCUCUGCUAUAUUGUUGGUCUGAUUCCUCUCGCAGCUGUGCCUUCAAAUCUGACCUGUACACUGUUCAGGUGCUUGUUUUUAAUAGCAUUUGUCACCUUCUUUCACUGCUUUGCCAUUUUACCUGUGAUACUGACUUUCUUGCCACCCUCAAAAAAAAAAAGGAAAGAGAAGAAAAAUCCGGAAAACCGGGAGGAAAUUGAGUGUGUCGAAAUGGUGGAUAUUGAUAGCACCCGAGUGGUUGACCAAAUUACAACAGUGUGAUAGUGUCUGCUUGUUAUAUUUUCACCCUGGGUCUUAUCAAAAGCAAAGAGAUUAUGUUAAUGAAAUAAUGAAAAUAAAAAUUUGUUCUUUUUUUUUUUAAAGGUACGAAACAGGCACUCCUAAACGAGCAAAGGACAAAGGGGAGAGAUUGGGCAUGGCGUGCUUUCAAUCUUUCAAACCAAACAGGGAUGUAUGAGAGAGCUUGUGCAAACUACACAGACACCCACACACCGACCCUAGGAGACAUCUAGUCUCUUACACUAAGUUCAAAACAAAAAGAGCCGAGUAGCAAGCAGGACCCUAUUCUAUCCACACUGAAGAUGCUGCUGUUCUGACAAAGCCUACUGAAUACAAGGCCAACUGUCAAAGUAGAAAUAGCUUUAAGUGUUGUUCAAACAAACCCUGUCAGUGUCAGCCACUGCAUUUAGCUCUCCAAGAUCCUGGGGAGAUGAUUGUGCAAGUUUUGACCAACACAAACAAAGCCAGACCCUCAGAAGCAGACAUGCAGAAGGGCCCAUCAUCCCUGGACUGAAAUUGAGUCACCCUCACAUUCACCCAGGUGAGAGUUUUGUUGUCUCCAAUGUAUGUAUGUUCCCCUACCAACAUCAGGUUCAGCACACCUUUGGUUACUACACCAAUUUAAACGAACGACAGUCCGGGCAGUACAGAGUCCAUUUUGGAAUAGCUUGUUGCUUGUCACUGAAAGCGUCUGCUGUAUUAGUUACAGCUCUUGGCAGGAGGCUCCUCGUCUCCAGAACCAGGGAGCCAGACCCAAAUACCUGGCAGGAUGGAGGAGAAGCAGGUGCUGUGGUGAACCCUGAGACAGCAUCUCCAUUUGAAGAGAAAAAUAAAAUAAAAAUCUGGCCAGCUGGGACAGCUGUUGGUAGUUUGGCCCUACAAACUUUUUGCAUGGAUGCCCAGAAACAACAUCUGCCCACACAGAGCUGAGGAAGGGGAAAUGAACACUGAAUUGGUGCCUUGCCAUCGCUUCCUGCUGACAGGCAUACCUGCUAAGAACUGUGAGUGGGCUAAGAGGCUGAGCUGGACCGUGACUUCUGGCCUGAGCAACUUCGUAGACUUGCAAGGUGAACAAGGGCUGACUGAAGGGGAGCUGAAUGGAAAUGACGGGGAAAGGAAUCACCAAUACAAUGCACCGGCAAUCCAACUUUCUGGGUGUCUUUUUUACAGCUUUAUUCCCAGCAUAACUGGCUGACCUUCCACUUCCUGUCUCCACAUCCUCGCCUCCUCCUGACAUCCUGUGGGUGUCCUCUUACUUGACUGUAUGCCCCUCCUGGACAUGAAGAACUCGAUAUGUUUCUGCGGCUGCCCUGCAGUGCCUAUAGGGGAAGAGUUCGUGGAUCUAAAUCAUACGUUUCCCAUUUAUUUGGCCUACCACUCCCUUUUCAGGGAACAAAAAUUUACUCAGCGGCCUCCACC